AUGGAUCCUUCAGUAACCGAAGAAGAAUUUCUUAGGCAGUUGUUAAGCUCGAAUGAUAAACAACCUGAACCUCAUGAUCCUGAAAGGAAAUCCCUUUUGCCUAAGCCAGGCCAUUGUAUUAAAACACGAACCUCCACGGAUGAGAAAGUAUUCAUUAAUAUUUGUACGUCUGAUCAGAUUCCGGCGCCGCGUGAUAUUAGCGAAGAUGAGCUGGAAAAAAUUGUACAAUCGGAAGAUCCUACCAAAUUUAGGGUCCCUAUGAGUUUAGGGGUGCCCCAUGCGGAAUUGGAUAAAGGCGGUAAAGGUUGCACAGUAUUUGAUGUGGUUAUUAACAAACAAUUUUAUGACAAGACACAGAGGAGCCAAGCUUUUGAUUUGUUUUUCUUAACUCUUGUGUUUGAUGGACUUGAGAAUAAGUAUGAUAUGACAUUUUCAAGAGAUACGAUAGUAUUAAAAAAUCGAAAAUUCUUUGGCAAAAUGGCCGAACAGACUAUUCGUACGAAAAGUAAACCCUUAAUUAUGGAAAUGGAAACAGGUGAAGAACCAAGCCUGCAAAUAAUUAGGGAACCGCCUGAAGGAAGGCCUGACUUUUUAGUCGCGCAGAUCGAUUUACCUAAAGUUAAAAGUGCUAAGACAGUCGAUUUAGACGUUGGUGGUGAUAAAUUAAUACUCCUGGCUCAUCCAAAUGUUUACUUCUUGAAUACAAACUUACCAUUCAAAGUUAACUCUGCAGAGACAGGCGCUCAAUUUCAUCGGAAAACGAAGGUUUUGACGGUGACAAUGCCAGUUGCUGAUGAUUAG